CUACGACAGUGUCGUCAUAGAAAUUCAACAAAAAAAAACUUACCAACAAUACGGAAAAGUAGUUUUAAUGGAUACAAAAGGAAAUACCAGACUGACACCACCUGCAAUUCGCAAUGUUAGUUGCUUCCAUCCUCGGUAUUCGGGCAACAUUCUUGACAAUAUUGGACCAAAUGACACGAUACAAGCAUUUUUUGUGAUAGUUUUAACGUUUCUCAUAAUUAUGGCUAAUCUGACGGUAAUUAUUGUAAUUAACAGUCGUCGGUACGGACCAUAUUUGCAUCCGCAGCCUCGAUAUUUGUUAACGUCUCUUGCUCUGAAUGAUUUAGCAAUCGGAUUCCUCAUCACGCCAUUUUCCGCACUUCCUGCCUUAUUGAACUGUUGGCCAUAUGGAGAAAUAUUUUGCCAGAUACAAGCAUUAUUACGUGGUGCUUUAUUACAACAAAGCGCAGUAAUUUUAGUCUGCAUGGCUGUUGAUAGAUAUAUAUGUGCACUUCAUCCAAAGAGAUAUCACCUGCAUUCAAGUAAAAAGGGUUGUGUAGCAAUACUCAGUAUAACAUGGAUUUUAUGCGUGACGUUCUUCUGUGUUUUGGUCCUGCCAAAAGGUUAUUAUUUCAACAGCACUGGUUUGUUGGCUUGUGAGCCAUUUUACAGUAAACCGUCAUUUCGCAUUUUAUCCAGUUGUGCAUUUUACUUUCCCACCACCAUGGCACUAAUGUAUUGUUAUGGCUCGAGUUUUCAUGCGAAUCGUAGAAGAUUUGUGACGCCAACUGUUACCGCAACACAGCGACUACAGUCAUCAGAUGAAAAGCCUACAGAAUUGGAGUUGCACACAUCUGGCUCUACAUCGCGAACAAUGGCGGCAAUAUCGCUCGGUUUCAUUGUGAUUGUCACACCUUGGACCAUUCUCGAGAUAGUAACAGCGUGCACAGGUUCAAAGGUUCCUUCAUAUCUUGAUUUUACGAUCACAUGGCUGGCAAUCAGCAAUAGUUUUUGGAAUCCCUUUUUAUAUUGGCUUUUGAAUGCGCACUUUAGACGAAUAUGUAAGGAUAUGCUUCACUCAAAGUGUCUCUAUGGUGAGCCAAAUGAUCACCAAAAAUGUUAUAAUGUAAAUUUCGAAUGCGACAAUAUGAUUGCACUGCCACUGCCACCGAAGCCACCCUGUAGAAUGCGUUCCGACAUUGAGGGACUUGCAGAGAAGUACUGGGGCGAAAUUUUAGAGCGCACAGUCAGCUCCAACAGUUUACAUGUGCUGCAACGUACAUAUGGCGACACAAAUACCAAUCAUAGAUUGUUUCAUGACGGCACAACAAGUAGUGACAUCGAUAGUAUAAGUGGAAAAAUAAGCGAUACAAAUCAUCUGAGGUAUGUGUCGUGUUCCGAGCCGAGAUUAUGCGAACAUGAUUUACAUGACAUCAACUGUGCCAAGAACAGAGCAUUUUUUGGUGGUUUCAAUCGUGUCGACGAUGAUAUGUAGUAUCCGUUGUUGUUAAAUCAACAAAUUAAAUGGUUUGUAUGAAAUGUAUACACGUGAAUUUUAAUUCUUGUGUCAUC